AAAAUACACAUAAUAAAAUCCUCGAGAAAUGGAAACAUAAAAUAAAAAUUCUCGCAAGCGGUUUUCUUUAAGUCCAUUUUGGUGCUUAGAGACUCGAAGAUAGAGUGAAAGCGAAAGCUUGGGUUUGACGCUGCUAAUCAAGCGAAAAUGGUGAAGUUCAUGCUGAAGAUCGCUGCCGACCUCGAAAACCUAACCAACCUCCAGCCUGACGGGGGCUGCGAUGAUCCCUACUUCUCCUAUCUCUUCAAGCUGAAAUGUGAGAGGUGUGGAGAGCUGAGUCAGAGGGAAACAUGUGUGAGCUUGGGCGACACCGUUCCUCUUCCACUGGGCAAGGGAACCACCAAUCUUGUUCAGAAGUGCAAAUUUUGUAUGAGGGAAGGAACUGUAACAAUGAUCUCAGGCCGAGGUCAACCACUGACGCAGGAAGAGAGUGAAGGAGGAAAAUAUUCACCUUUGAUGCUUUUUGAGUGCAGGGGUUAUGAGCCUGUAGGUUAUGUAUUUGGUGGUGGCUGGAAGGUUGAAUCUCUGGAAGGGACUAAAUUUGAAGGUGUUGACUUGUCUGGAGGCGAUUUUGCUGAAUAUGAUGAGAAGGGAGAGUGCCCGGUGAUGAUAUCCAACCUCCGUUCUACUUUUGACGUUGUGAAGUAGAUCAUAUUACUCUCCUGCUUGCACAUGUUUUGGUAAAUAAAACUGACAGUUCAUUGUGAAUGAGAUAGAAACCUGUGACUGGAUUACAUGUAAGCACGAAGCUAUAUCUAAAGGUCGUUUAAUGUGAAAAUUUCUGUUUGAAGUAUGUUAAUAGAUACCCUGGCAAUGGUUUAAACUGAUUAAUGAAUCACAUUAUGCGUGUGCCUUCUGUGGUUUUCUUAAUUUUUUGAAUUGUGAACAUAAUUACACUAGAUCCCAAUAGCUCUUUGGCUGGGAUGAAAAAAAAAUGGCGGUUUUCUUAAAGAAUUAUUUUAGUUCCUCGUGUUUAAGGAUCGAUUCUUUUCUUACCUGGAAAAGCCUUAUGAUUCUUGCUCUUCAGAUAAAGAGCUACAACUGUUGGUGUGGCUGAAUUGGGCCAAUUUGGAUUAGAGUCAUGGUUUUUUUAUCUGGUCUGUUUGAUUUCGUUUCAGUUUUCUUAUUUGGAAACCACCAUUGGUGAGAUACACUAAUGUCUUCCGGCGCUUGGGAAUGUUCCGAUAUACUUGAAGCCGCAAGGCUGCUCCAUAUAUUUGCUAGUGCAUCGUAUAUAUCAGGUAUUGUGGGAGAUUACGAUUUGUUGCUAGGAAACAAUUUUAAUACAUUGAAACAAACAGCCGCCUUCUUACCACUAUUUUAUUUAUCUAGGUAACAAUCGACUGAUUCUGAACUGGGCAAAUUUGUUCCAUUGGAAUUAUACGUACACGAAUAUAUUUGCGGGAUGUUUGAGGAAUUGUAUUUCACUCCACGUUGCUUCCAGCCAGCCAUUCUGCCUGCCUUCGUUAGAAACUGAAUGUUGGAAUCAACUUAGGUGGAAGCGGUUGCACGUCUAUUGGUGAGCGAUCUUAUAAAUUUUACUUUGGAAGGUGGGGUCCUGAUCCGACCUUUCAUUGAUGAAUGAAACUCCACCUUGAGGUUUAAAGCCAACGAAAAUUCACCAAACAAGCCAGUUUUGCCGUUAAACGUGUGAAUUGUAUAAUCGGUAAAUCUAG